UUGUGUUUUGUGUUUUGAGUGUGGUGUGGCGCGAGACAAUUUGACGACUCGCUAUUUUUAAUUCAAUAAUGACGCCGGAAUUAUUUAUUCAUUUUAUAGUGAAAAUUCACAAAUGUUAUUACAUAAUUAUGGCUUUUUAUUUAUUUAUUUAUGUAGAAUUGUGUUCAUCUGUAAACUCUGAAGAUCCAUGUACGAAUAAAAUUGACGGAUUUCACACAACAAUAGAAAGUAAUUGUCAAAACUAUUAUUAUUGCAUAAAUGAGAAAUUAAUUCAAAAUCAGACCUGCCAAAAUGAUUAUGCAUUUAGUUCAUUGAAACAAAUAUGUGUUCCUGCAUUCGAAACAUCAUGUAUUGAUAUAAAAUGCCCCUUAUUUGCCAUCAAUAAUUAUUACACUAUUCCUGACACCAAAUGUAAAAUGUACUAUCAAUGUUUCAAAAACGGAGAACGUAAAGAUUACAUAUGUCCAGAAAAUAUGUCUUUUAGUUAUGAACUUCAGACAUGCGUUAAAAAGGGAUUAUGUUAUGAUCCAGUAUGUACUGGCAGAGUAAAUGGUAAUUAUCCAGAUACAACUCAAGGUUGUAUUCGAAAUUUCAAUUGUACGGGUGGAAAAAUUGUUUCAAUCGAACAUUGUAAAUUUGAUGAAAUAUUUUCCGAAACUCAAAGACGAUGCGUAAAACGAUCUAAUGAUAUAUGCCAAUUACCACAAGAAACAGCUGUUGCAUUUCCAAUUCAACAACGUGGCAAUAUAUGUGCCCGUUUGGACGAUGGUGUUUAUACUGUGCCUAAUUCUGACUGCAAAGAAUAUUUUAUUUGUAAAUCUCAUGUUAAUUUAGGAACUUUAACUUGUGGAAACGAUUUCAUAUUCAACGGGAAAGAAUGUGUAUUUCAAGAAUAUUAUCAGUGCAAGGAUCAAGGAUGUUCGAAUUUAGAAGACGGUAUUUACACUGAUUUACAUUCAGGAUGUCAAGAUUAUUUUUAUUGUUUGGAAAAUAAAGUAAUUUGGAGGCAAUCAUGCCCUGAGAAUUCUCUGCAUGAUGGAAUUAAAUGUGUGGAUGAAAAAUCAUAUAAAUGUCCAUUACUUCUCGAACAUGACAUGAAAGUUUGUUUAAAUUUAAAAGAUGGUUAUCAUCGAAAUCAUAUAAAAUGUAACGAAUAUUUUUAUUGUGUCAAUAAUGAGCUUAUCAUGAAAGGAACCUGCCCUGGAGAUCAAAUUUGGAAUGGUUUUACCUGUGUUGACAGAGGAUGGUACUUUUGUGAAGGUCCAAAAGAAUGGAUUGGAUGUUUGAUAAAAGAGGGUUAUUUUACUGAUACAUCACCGAGUUCUCAAUGUACAAACUAUUAUUAUUGUUCAAGGGGACAAGUUACAUACUAUGCAUGUCCGCCAACCGAAUCUUUUGAUGGUGAAAAAUGUAUACAUAAAAGCUUAUACAAUUGUCCUACUGAUGAAAUGUACUUAAAUGUAUGUGAAAAGGAAAUUAAUGGUUUUCAUGUACAAGAUAACACAAAAUGCCAGAAAUACGUACAAUGUCAAAAUGGUAAAGUAUAUCGUGAAUUUGUUUGCCCACAUAAUCAAGUUUUUGAUGGUAUAAAUGGUUGUGUUUAUAAUAAUUGCACGAAAACGUUACCAAAAGAAACAUGCAAUAAAGAAGGAUUCUUUUUAGAUUUAGACUCAAAUUGUACUUCAUAUUAUUUUUGUAUAGACGGGCGUCGAACAGAUUUAAAAUGUCCAACUGAUACAUUAUUUAAUGGUCAAGUAUGUGUUAGUAAGAAUACUUAUAAGUGUCCUGAGAGUUGUCAUCGAUUUAGACGGUGUGGUGAUCUUAAAUGGUAAAAUAAUAUUGUGUGUUACAAUUUACGAAGAAUUUUUAUAUUACACUGCCUUAGUAAAUGCGAAACUUUGUUAAAACGGAAUUUAGAACCAAACGCGAACGUCCAGUGGAAGGAUUAUCAAUAAAAAAUACUAUCGGAUCGUUUGGACAUGUUUUCAGCUUUUGGUAACCUAGUUAUAAACCAAUAAUAGUCUGGAUCAAUAGUGGCUUAUGAGAUAAACGGUCGCAUUAAUUAAGUUAUUCUUUAGAGCAUAACUAAAAAUAUUUGUUUGAAACAUUCUUAUAUAAAACGAACACACGUUCGACAGAAAUUGAAUGUAAAACUCUCAAGCAUUUUAUGUACUCAAUUUCUGCUAUAUACCGGAUGUAUCAGAAUAACUAGUCAAUUUUCAAAGGGUUUGUAAGGUACGUCAAAACAUACCUACUCUAGUUAACGAAUCAAAAUCAAUAAAAUUGCUUAUUAUACGUCAGAGUUUUAAUGAAACCCGAUGGAAUGUGUUGUUUGUGGUGCUUAUAUUACUGAUUGAAGAUUACUGUGCUCUCUUUACUCCCGCCUUAUUAAGGGAGUCAAAUGGAGUAACUGUGUGGCAUCCAUCUCUUAACAGCUACGAAAGAGGCUGAAUAAUCGAUCCACUUACGAUUGAAACCGGAAGCUGAAAACUUGUUUAAUUACUCGGAAAUGGCCGAUUUACUAAUUAAUAAUAGUAGGAUUUUUGAAUAUAAAAAUAAAUGUUGAAGUGAUGUAAACUUGAUAGAAUUGACUGAAUUAAUUGUUGAAUACCCUGUAUAGAAAUUGUU